AUUCUUUUCUUUUAAAUAGUAGAUAUAAGAUAACCGUAUUCAGAAUUGGAAUGGAAAAAUCUUAUUUAUCAACUUAUAAAUAUUUUUAAUUUAAUACGGUCUUACGGAUAAAUUGUCUGCUACCGUGAUUUAACUAUUUUAGGUGUACAUAAAAUGCAACGUCUUAAAUUGUAUUGUUAUUUAUAAUUAUACAUUAUUUUAAGACUUAAAUCAUGUAAUCACGUCCGCUGUUGUAUAAGCUGGUUGCCCAAUGCUCAUCGACUACCCAGUACUCAGUACUCACUGAUUUGUUGUUACUCAAAUACUCAAUUCUGUUGCUGCAUUAGUGUAUCGACUUACGACUAUCGAGUUUACGUUCAGUGCGUUUUUUGUUUUUAAAAUUAUUCUUACUUUUAUUAAUGUCCCUUGUCCAUAGACGCGUAACAAAAUAAUAUUUUUUAAAUUAAUUUACUUUAUCGUGCAUAUACCUAUACUAUUACACUAUACAGUUUUAAGGUCAAUGAUCCUCCCCCCCUAUAAAAUCUUUAAUCUAUUAUUUAUCAAGACUAUUUUGAUAUUAAAUCAAUAGGUAUGCCGUUAAAAGGAUUAAAUGUCUUAGAAUUUUCUGGAUUAGCACCAGUACCUUUUGUUGGAACUGUAUUAUCAGAUUUUGGAGCUAAUGUAACUAUUAUUCAAAAAAGAAAUGUAAUGUUUGAAUUUACAAGCUUUUUAAAUGGUGGUAAAAAGUCUAUAGGUAUCAAUUUAAAACAUCCAGAAGGUAUUGAGAUUACACAGAAGUUAAUAGCUAAUGCUGACAUUUUACUUGAGCCAUUUAGACCUGGUGUAAUGGAAAAACUAGGAUUAGGCCCUAAUGUAAUGAUGGCCAAAAAUCCACGUUUAAUAUAUGCUCGAUUGAAUGGAUAUGGUUCACAUGGACAAUAUGCACAGAGAGCUGGUCACGAUAUAAAUUAUUUAGCUAUAUCAGGGUUGUUGUCAUUGUAUGGUUCUAAAAAUGCAAAACCUGUUCCACCUGUAAAUUUUUCUGAGUUUGCGGGUGGUAGUAUGGUAUGUGUAAUGGGAAUUUUAAUGGCAGUCAUAGAAAGAUACAAAAGUGGAAAAGGUCAAGUGGUUGAAGCCAACAUAACUGAAGGUAUGUCUUAUGUUGGAAGUUGGUUGAUGUGUUCACAAGAUUCAAUGAUUUGGGGGAAAUCUAAAGGAGAGAAUUUACUGGAUGGAGGAAUGCACUUUUAUGAUACAUACGAAACCAAAGAUGGUAAAUGGAUGGCUGUUGGUGCAUUAGAACCAGCAUUUUAUCGAGAGUUUAUUGAAGGAUUAGGAUUAAAUAUCGAUGAAGUUGAACAGAUGGAUAAUUUUCAAAGCAAUAGAGAAAUUAUUGCAAACAAAUUUAAAGAGAAAACACGAGAAGAAUGGAGCAAUAUUUUUGAUUCAAAAGAUGCUUGUGUAACUCCUGUGUUAGAGCUAGACGAAGUUGACCAGCAUCCUCAUAAUGCAACUAGAAAUUCAUUUAUGAGGAAAAAUAAUGUUGUGGUGCCUGUUCCAGCACCGAAACUAAGUGCCACUCCUGGUGUUUCAAGUUCAAACAAACCGAUUGCAGUUAGUGGACAAAAUACAAGGGAAAUUCUUGAAAGUAUUGGAUAUACACAAAUGGAAAUCACCAAACUAUUUCAAAAUAAUACUAUAUUUGAAGACUCAAAAUCCAGGUUAUAGUUUUUGCUAGAAAGUAAGCUUUUGUCAUCAUAUUUUUAUGUAUUAAACAGUUUUAUUUUUUGAGAUUGUACAUAAUAUCAUGUUUCGUUUUGUUUUAAUACAAAAAAAUAAAAAAGUUAGUAUUUUUAAUACAAACA